UCUGUAGUUGUCGUCGAUGACACAUGUCAGCCGGUCGGUUGUUAGCUCUUUUGCGUGGAGUGUUGUUUUGUACAUUUUCGGAUAAUUAUUUACGUACAUCUUCAUUAAUUUGUGUGAAGAGAAGAAAAUGUAUGAAAAGAAAUUCUCCUUAAAUAAUAUCAGCCCUUAAUUAAUAGCCUAGAUAACCUAAAAUGUUUGGUUCUUUACGAAGAAUUCUACAUUGGGGUCCAAUUUGUGUUUUGGGUAUAAUAAAGCUAGUGACAUGGUCUAUGGUGCACCUGAUCGGCAUGUGGUGGCCGCCGCAGGGUUCCCUUGGUGGCGCCAUCCAUGCUUGCUUGUUCCUGUUCCUGUCUGGAGGCACUCUGUACUACUUCCUGCAGUCUUUGCUUGAGGGACCGGGAUAUGUGCCUUUGGGGUGGAGACCAGCAAAUGAAAAAGACACAGAGAAGCUGCAGGUUUGCACAAUCUGCAACGGAUACAAAGCUCCACGGUCACACCACUGUAGUAAAUGUGGGCGAUGUAUAUUGAAAAUGGACCACCACUGCCCGUGGAUCAACUGCUGCGUGGGGCACGCCAAUCACGCGUACUUCACGCACUUCCUCACAUUCGCCGUGCUAGGCUGUCUACAGGCUUCUAUUGUCCUAUCAAUCUGCAUGUACCACGCUUUAAACCGCGCCUGGUACGUCCAGAGCGGCAUACGCGCUCCUCGCGUGCUGCUGACGCUCCCGACGCUGUUGCUGACCCUACUCGCCAUCGGCAUGUGUGUUGGAGUUGUGCUUGCUGUCGGUACUCUGCUGUUCCUACAGAUUCGAAGCAUUCUUCGCAACCGCACCACAAUAGAAGACUGGAUCUUAGAAAAAGCAGUCUGCCGUCGCCAGGAAGCCGGUCUCCCAGCCUUCGUGUUUCCAUACGAUCGUGGUUGGAAGGAUAACUGGCAUAUCGUGUUUAAGGGGCAUUUGUACGAUGGCCUUACAUGGCCGGUGAAGGAGGGUUGUGGGCAAUAUGAUCUUACACUUGAACAGCUAGCCCAAAAAGCGGACAAGCGCGUUCGCUCCCGUCUCUACACGGCCGUGGCCAACUAUUCCGGUCGUUGGGUGCCUCUCUUCAGCAGGCCUAGGGCUGCGCUGGCGGCUCCUUGUACAGAUGAACCGCGUUUACCUUUGCAGCCGGGUGAUGUUAUCAGAGCUACGAGGCAAAGGAAACACUGGUUGUUCGGCGAGCGCGUGGAGGAGGGCGGGGCAGGGCGGGGCCCGCGCGGCUGGUUCCCGCGCGGCGCGGCCGUGCGCACCGCCCUGCUCAAGCCGCACGCCGACUAGCGCGCCCACCGCCCUACCGUGUAGAGGGUGCCGCCAGCAGCGGGGCAAGGCCCAAGCUGCCGGUGGUCAGGGCCGCAGGGAGAGGAACCGCCGGACUAUCCGCGCCGUGCUCAAGAUCACCGCCUUCUGCAUCUGACCCUUGAUCCAACCACCUAGCGAGAGUCUCUCAAGGUGUUGGUCGAGACUCUUCGCUAUGAGACCGUUCGCUGAAACGACUAUCGGGACAAUGAUCGUCGAAUCAACAUCCCACCCACAUGGCGGUUAUCUCGUGAGCCAAGUCUAGGUACUUACUGGAUUUGUCCUUCUAUUAUUAUUUUAUAACAUAUAUUUAGUAUGGUGUACCGAACUAUUUGGCCACUUUGACUGCUACGAAGUAUUUGACGCUGACUGUACGUGUAUGAAUUAAGUACAAUACAAUACAGCUUACAUGAUUAAUUUUCGUAACACAAAUGAAACAAUUAAGACUACACAGCUUCUUAACUGCGCUUAAUUAUGUAAAAAUUGCAGUAGGGUUGUUUCCAAUUUUUUGAAACGCUUGUAUUACGAUCUAUAUUAACUAAAAGUUGCCCUAAAAUUUAACUUUUAUACUAAAAACGGCUUUAAAUAUGUUGAAUUAACAAAAUAUAUUUUGACAGAUGCCCAAAACGCUCUUUGAAAAUUGUGUGACGUCACAGUUUACGGUUUGACACAUAACUACAUACACGCGUAGAAGAUACGAACUGUCAACUGACAUUUGUCAUUUGUUGUUUAUCGCCUAACUGUCAACAGUGUCAAUUCGAGAGUUGUGACGUCAUCAGAAUCUUCAAAGACGUUUCGAGUUUGGUCACGUGACGUGUGCCAAAAAUUAUUUUAAAUUCAAUAUUUACAAAAAUAUGGUCAUUACAGGUUCACUAGUUUAACAUGUUCUUAUAAUCCAAAAUAAUUUAUUGGGAUACAAUUCUGCCCUAAGAUUUGUAGAUGGAAACAACCCUAUUCACCCUUAUAGAUACGCUUUAUUGAAAAUAAGUUUCCCUUUUAUAAAUUCAUAAGUAAUGGUAUAAUGCAAAUCCAAAUACCUAUUUUUUAUAUUUUUAUUUCAAUGCAAUACCAUUAUUUUUAUACUAAUGUGGAAAUUCAGUAUUGUUUUUACAUAAGAUUAUACACCCAAUUGUAAAAAGCUUAGCUAUAUUCUAGAAUUGAUAUGAGUACACAUAUUAAUAUAGAUUUAGGUAAUUAUGACUCAAAGGUUUCUAAUGGAUGUAACAAGAUCUCUUAAUACAGGUAUCUUUUCCUUAGAAGUGAUUUAUAGAAAAUGUAUGAAAUGUUUGUAUGACGCUAUAUUUACGUGGUCAGACCAAAAUAAGUUGGCAGCGAUUUUUAUAGCACAGACGGUGCAAGUGUUAAGUAAACGUCAUAAUUUUUUUGACGUUUAUAAUAACACGGGCACCAUCUGGGCUAUCAAAAUCGCUCCCAACUUAGCUUGACCUGACAAUUUGUAUGAACUCUGUGUAAUGCGCAGUUUUGUACAUUUGUUUAUGUAAAUAAAUUUUAUUCCAAUACAAA